GAGUCCUUCCUUAUCUGACGCGAUUGAUCGCGGCUCGGUCGUUCUCUGUCGUCGGUGCGGUAGUUCGUUGUGGUAGUAGGUUUACGGUAGUGACGACGGAGAGAGGACGAAUCGGUUGUCGGCGAGAGCGACAAGGACGCCGACGACUUGUUUGCAGCAGCAGCAGGAAGCGUGCAAGCGAAGCAGGGACCGCUGCGUAUACCGCUGCGUCGAUUUAGUUUCUCCUGUGCGCUGGAGCGUCGUGUUAGCCUGGCUUGGUUGUCCCCGGCGCCCCUGUCUGUCGAUAUUUUCCAUUCUUAACACGAAGACCCCCGGACAAAGUGCGAUACCGACGUCGACGAUGAUUAAUAUUAAUAACAACAGUAAAAAACGCUACAACAUCGCAAAAUAGAGUCGAGUGCUUCUAAUCCUGAAAUAAUACAGAUACAGACGUUGCGUUCUUCUUCCGUCUUCAUCCCCUGCAAUUUUUUUUUGACGGCGUGAAACAAGUGCCGCUAUAGCGAGCGAGUGUUAGUUUGUUUGCUGAUUUAUUUCGGAUCUGGAUUUUGUGAAGUACCUAUAGCAUUUUUUUUAAAAAACGUGAAUGUUGUGCACCCGAAAUGACGACGCGUCGCCGUCUCCUCGUUGUCGCCGACGUCUUCUAAAUCCCAAACAGAAACGAUUUGCUUAUUAUUAUUGCUUCUCCUGCUGACGGUGGUGUUUUAAGGAUAAUCCCCAAAAAUGAUUAUAAGGAAAGAUAAUCUUAUAAUUAUUUGGCUGUGUGUUCUCUCGUCGGUGAUGGGGUACGAAGAACAAAAGUUCGCGAUGGAACCCCAAGAUCAGACGGCGGUGGUUGGUUCCCGGGUUACCCUACCGUGUCGGGUAACCGGUAAGUCGGGAAUUUUGCAAUGGACCAAAGACGAUUUUGGACUGGGAACGCACAGAAAUCUGAGCGGAUUCGAUCGAUAUACGAUGAUAGGAAGCGACGAAGAAGGUGAUUUUUCUUUGGACAUCUACCCGGUGAUGUUGGACGACGAUGCACGUUAUCAGUGUCAGGUGUCACCGGGUCCGCUGGGUCAGCCGGGCAUUCGGAGCAAAUUUGCCACGUUGACGGUGUACGUUCCGCCCGAUCCUCCCCGAAUAGUCCAGGGGAAGCACCUGAUCACGACGGAGGACCGGGAAAUAGAACUCGAAUGCAUAAGCUACGGUGGGAAGCCUGCAGCUGAAAUAACUUGGAUUGACGGACAUGGUAACGUGCUGACCGAUGGCAUCGAAUACAUCGUCGAAGAAUUGUCCGAUGGCAGAAGAUUCACGGCGAAAUCUAUACUCAAACUUACGCCGAAAAAAGAACAUCACAACACCACGUUUACGUGCCAAGCACAGAAUACGGCAGAGAGGACGCAUCGAUCUGCAAAACUUUCUCUAGAGGUGAAAUACGCUCCGAAAGUGACGGUGUCAAUUGUGUCGGAAACGUCGUCGAAUGGCAGAAUAUUAGAAGGUAGCGAUGUGAGGUUGAAAUGUAACGCGGACGCAAAUCCCCCGGAUCUCACGUACAGGUGGUUUUUAAACGACGAGCUCGUCGUAGGCGAUUACACCACCGAACUACUCUUACACAACGUCACGCGAAAGUACCACGAUUCCAUGGUCAAAUGCGAGGUCCACAAUCCGGUCGGUAAAAGCGAAGAGAGCGAAACUUUGGACAUUAGCUAUGCUCCAUACUUUCGAAAUAAACCAAAGUCAGUGCAGGCCGAUUUAGGAAGUACAAAGACUAUUACGUGUGAUGUGGACGGUAAUCCUCUGCCGGAAAUAACGUGGAUAAAGGAAGACACGAACGAGGUGGUCAGCAACAACCCCAACUUAACAGUAAAAGUAGAGAGAAAAACUGCAGGACGAUAUCUUUGCAAGGCGCACAUCCCAGGAUUUCCCGAUGUCGAAGCAAGUGCCGCCAUCUACCUCAAGGGUCCUCCGAAUAUCAUAAGUCGUAGGACCCAGUUUGGUAUAGAAGGCGAUAAUGUACGUGUUGAGUGUACCGCUUAUUCUGUCCCUGCGGCAGAUCACGUCAUUUGGACGUUUAACGGGAAAGAAGUGGACGUACACGAUCAGGACUUCUCCAUCCUCGAGGACCCCAUCCCGGAGGGCAUCAAGUCCACCCUGAUCAUCAGGGAGUCGCAGGGCAGACACUUCGGUAACUACAAUUGCACGGUGUCGAAUGCUUACGGAACGGACGUGGUCGAAAUCAAUUUGAUACCGCAAAAAAACUUCCCAAUACUUAUCGUGAUUGUGGGCGUCGUCGGGGCCAUCAUAGUUCUCGUCAUUGUCGUCAUGAUCGUCUUCCUUUGCCAAAGACAGGGAAACAAGAAAUCUCAGCCUGAUGGAGAAAAUAACACAAUGGAGAAGCAGUGCAAAGAGUCGGAUAGAAGUUCCAACAUUUCCGAUCUUAAAAUAGAUCUGAGGACGGGAUCUUCGGUCAGUAACGUCCAUUGUGACGAUUAUGUGCCGGGAAUCGAAUCAGAAACGGGCAGCGAAUCGGUUAUAACAAGAAUAGGGGUUCCAUUGGCAGGACCGGUGGCUAUUUCGAACCAGGACAUUUACAGGUACUCGGCGGAUUAUACGGAUGCCAAUUUUGCCUCAAAAGACGGGCAAAACAAUAACGGUUACGUACCGUAUGUCGAUUACGCUCGAGAUUACAACCCUCCAAUGCCUCAACCUCCUCCCAUGGAAUCAUCAGAGAGCUUACAGUCCAGAGCGCUCCAAUUAAACGCCAUGCAAGCCCCUCAUUACACAAUCUCGUCCACCAUAACACUAAACGACCUUAACAGUAGCAGCAUUCCUAACGGACACACGACAAUGGGGGGCUCCAUAGAUCCCCGUUACAGUGCGGCCUACGGAAACCCCUAUUUGAGGAGUUCUAGCGUCGGCUUGCCCACGCCAAAUACCGCGAAUCCGGUGGCCACACCGGCGCCCCCGCCCUAUUCAAGGGACACAUCCUCCACCUCCCGUACCUUAGUGAACUGUAGUAAUGCCGCGAUGAACAUUUGUGCGGGCAGUGCAGCAGCGAACGGUGUUGCGGUCACGGCGGCUACCCCCCAGCUGACACGACUGCCGAACUCGCCCACCAAUCACCAGUACAUAACGACGACGAAGAGGGGGGCGUUAGCGACGCACGUGUGAGAAGCGGCCCUCGUCGAAACGACGAACACGAAAAGACUGACGUUUGUAAUUAUUUAAAUUGAAGUUUCGAACGACGAAUUUUUAUAGUAACGUUUCGAUUUUUUAUGCAGGAAUAGUAGUUAGAAAGCAGAAGAAGUAGUAACGUAGAGAAUGGCCUCCUCCGAAGUCGCCCAGAGGUAGGUGACGAGGCCAUAGUAAAGGAUAAUAAUCCCCCUGUUAGGACAAUUUUUUCAAAUUAAAUAAUAAUGGAAGAGUUUGCCCGUCUGUAGGAACGAAACAUUUGUCAGUAGAACGUUGUUUGGAUAAUGAACAAACGAAAUUAAGUUCUUCCUGCUACCGUCUGAUAUCCUCUAGGUCCCAGGUGAGUCUCGUAUCCUAUUUACCACAUCUCCUUCGUUCUACGCGUAAUGUGUAUUACACAGUUAUCCACGAACGGCUACUGACUUCGGAUGAAGCUAAUUUAGAGACACGGCGUCUCGUUUACCGGCCUACAGAUAAUCGCAGUCUGGCAAAAUAAUGUAUAUGUGAUAUUGUGAAUAUUUAACGUAAUUAUUUCUUUUGUGUGCAAAGUUAUUCUGACCUAUAAACAUAUUAUACCAUUCAUGGGUGUAUAGAAAUCGAGGAGAAGGGAGAUCUGCUCAAUUAUUAUUUCAACUACAAACAGGCUGUAGGUGGCCAGGCGCCGCCCAUAUUGUAACUUAAACCGUGUCCACAUUCCUGUAGUAGCUUAUCCUCCAUCGAACUGCUCUUUUUAUACUCAUACGGAUGAGAUUUACUUCUAUUAGAUAGGUAUCCCAACUUGUUAGAUAAAUUUCAAUCACUUGAUUAAGUUUAUACCCCUACUCAGUUUGUUUAGUUAAAAUUAAUCACACUUCGUUUAUAACCUGUGAUACUUUAUCUCCCCCCCUCCACACACGUCAAUAAUCCCUUUUCAUUGUCUAAAUAUUAUUUUUGUGUGCAAUUUUAAUUUUUAUUAUUCCAUUACGAAGUAAUCGUAUUGCCACAAAAUGGUUAGUCAAUUAGAAGCAAAGAGAAAUUAAGUGAAAGACCUUUGGUAACAAUAUAGGCUUUCACGCCCGAUACUGUUUGAGUUACUAGGUUUACAUUGUCCUGGCUGUGUAGCGUUGUCCAAUAGGAUACAUAAUGUAUCCAACCUUUAUCCUGCUGGACCACGGCUACAUAGCCCGGACGAUGUAAAUAUCUUAACUUAUUGUCAGAAGAUGAAAAAGCUUUUGUUGCGACUACCAUUCAGAUGACGUUAAUGGCACGCGUCCAUCUAAAUCAUGGUUAAUACUUAAUGUACAUAUCAAUUAACUAUAUACAUAUACAAAGAAGAUAUUAAAGAUACCGUUUUGUCAGUUGAAGUAAAUAAGUAAGAUGAUGAUACAAAAAAAAAUAGGCUGCCCAUGUUCGGCUACGAUUACUUAAUAAACACACGCGUAACUUUCACCCAACACAAACGAUUAGAAGGUUAGUGAUGGAAAAGGAAUUCCAAAUAAUUAUUAAACUUGAUGAGCUACGAGAACAAAUAUUUUUAUUACCGCUAUUCUCAUCAUCAUCGUCAUCGUCAUAAUCAUCCUUUUUAUUAUUCUUAUUAAAUUGUUGAUGCAAUUAUUGUGAUUUGUGUACGUUUUUAAACUCUAUACAUUAUAUACACAUAUAAGUAUAUACAUACAUAUAUUUACCAAACAUAGGAAAGAAGUAUCUAAUCGAUUUAUGAUCAUUAUUGUGUCAAUUAAACCGUGUAUAAAUCGAUAACGAUUUUAAUAAGGAAAUGUUGGUUUCUUCGCAAAAUUGUUGUACUUACGUACCUAUCGUACUUAUAAAUAAUAUUAUUAUUAUUAUUAUCACCUCGGAAGUGAAUCAAUAAGUUUUUAUACAAGCUUCGAUUAAAAUAGUAGAUAACAAUUAAAAAUAAAAAAG